AUGGCGACCAGCACGUGCAUCGACACGCGCUCUGCGUACGGGACUCAGUACUCAGCUUCGACAAAUGAAGUAACCGAGUCGCAGAAGACACGUCGAAGCCAUUAUGAAUUGUUUCUCUUCAUUCAAGACCUACUACGGAGUGAUGGAGGCAUCAUCCUGGAGUUCCCGAUCGACGACUGGGGUCAAAAAGGGACCAUGGACAUUUCUCUGGGAGCUGGCGGGUUCUCGAGCGUCCAUCGAAAGAUCGCAAAGGGCCGCUGGGGGAAUCGCAGUGUCAUGGCAUAUAAGCGCAUCAACCCGCAUUUCGACCAGGAUGGCAGAUUUGACGACCAGGGCACUCUGGCACAGGUUGUCGACGAGCUGAAAUUGCUGGCAACACCGGGGAUUCGUUCCCAUCCUAAUAUUAACCAGCUGAAGGGUAUCUCGUUCGAGACACAGGAGCAUCGAAGCGAUGGUUAUCUAUUUCCAACAUUAAUGUUCGAUGCGACAUCAAUGGGCACUCUGCUCGAUUUCGUCCAGGAUCUUGUUAGCAUGGUCGACGGGCCCUACUGGGAGUGCUGUCUGGACGUUGCGCAGGGCCUGCAAGCUCUUCAUAGUCAGGGGUUUAUCCACGGAGAUGUGAAAUGCGAGAAUGUCCUUAUGUUCCCAACAAAUAAACUUCAAGGGCGCAAUUUCAUAGCGAAGCUGACGGACUUUGGCUGUUCGAUGACGGUGGAUGCGGUUGAGCCAAGGCAGUACACAAGACUAAGGGGGGCGACUAUCCCAUACGACGCCCCAGAGGCAGACGCUGAAAUACAGAGCGGCCAUCUUCCAUUCACAGACACCUACUCAUUUGGACUUUUGGUAUGGAGGGUGAUCAUCGAUGGAGCUGAUCCGUUCAAUGACCCGCGGUAUCGAUCUUCGACGACGGAUGAUGGUGCACGCUAUAACUAUACUCUCAUUCGAGAGGAUAAACGGAAUGGGAGCACCCUCAGCCUGGCACUGAAUCGAGUAUUUGACCCUGACCGCGCACUAUCCCCCGACACGAGAGAUGCCUUUGGUGAGGUGCUCAGUAUUGCUCUCAGCUCUAAGGCCACAGAAAGGGACCUUGGUCGCAUAAUUCAGAUACUGAGUCCUCCCCAGAAUUUUCCAAAACGAGCCUUUGGCCUUAGCCCACCAAACGCACACCUGUUGCGAGAGUUCACCAAGUUCGAAGCAGCGCGAUUCAGGGGGCACGCACAAGCAAGUCGCGGGCUGGCCGAAUGGAAGUCCAUACCACCGAAGGCAGACCAAUUCUACCAGGUAAUCCACAAGUAUGGAAAGCUUGGGUCAGACUUUACGGGCUUCGGCCUGUCCAGGCUAUCGCCCAUGUCAGAAGCAUUGAGGGAUAUCCUGGUGGCGAUCGAGGACGUAUACCGAACGUGCGGCCAGCCACUGCCAGUCAUUGCGCCUCCUUCGCUGUUAACAUCCGACGACCCGCAGAAGGACCCGCGGGAUGUCUGGGAUUCUAUGCUGCGCACCAUAUUCUUGAUAAGUAAGGACACUGGUGCAAUGGUGGGGAGAUCUGUGGGAUUCUUUCGACUAUUUUCGGUUAUGAAACCCCUCAAACAAGCAGCAUCCAGAAGCCUUAAGAUAGGUGCAUCAAUGAAUGCGAUGCUUGAACGAGCUCCAGCCCCCAGAAAGGAACAGUUUGGUGUCCUACAGGGCCUGUCUGACUUCGAUGGCGGAGUAGCAGCCGCGGACAUGGUGGCAAUGAUGAACGAGGAGACCAUGUCUAAAACAACAUCACAAUCCUUUGAGCCCUCUCGCAGUUUGGACUUUCACCUUCUGACUACUUGUCGCCUGCCGUUCCCACUACAGGCGCGACUCUUCGCUGAUGUCUCGUCUCAUGCACGAUCUUUGGCGGCCGGUUCGCACAGGGGGCCUGCGCUCAUGGAAAUGGCGAACUGCUAUAGUAUGGGCUUUGGUAUCGAACAGGAUCAAUCUCGCUAUUUUGCCAUAUUGAAAGAGUGCUGUGAAAUCGAAUACAAGCCCGCUCAACAGUCCUUAUCGCAAGUUCAUACCGCUAUCGGGCUGCACCUGGCCGAAUACAUGGAGUCUAGACCUGCGAUGCAAGACUCUAGUGGUACGGGAGACAAGGGUGACGUGAUCAAUAUGACUGUAUCUCAAAUCAACCAGCGCAACAGUGAUGGCGAUCUUCCAUUGAUAGCAGCGUGCCGAGCAGGGAAUCUUGACGUCGCCUGUCUUCUAAUUGAAAAUGGGGCCAAUUGUGCCCUAAGAAAUAAACUUGGAGAGACGGCCAUGCACUGGUUAUGGAUGUUCGACGACGCCUCGUUGCCGAGGAUCGUCGCUCAACUCGCUCACAGCGGCGCCGAUCCGAAUGCAGUUGCGAAAGAAAACCUUUUAUACACAGACGACUUCCAGUUUCCCUUGGUUCAGGGUACAGCAUUGCUCCGAGCUGUUUCACAGGGAAACAAGGUGGCGGUACGCGAACUGAUCCUGAACGGCGCAUCGGUUUCAGACGCUUCAGGUCCGAUGAUCUUUCAUAAACAGCGCCAUUGGAAUUUAGACGCAGUGCAGCUCGCCUGUACAUGGCACGACCCAGAGGUCCUGGAGAUUCUGUUGGACGCUUCGCCGUUUUAUCCAAUCAAUGCGGACACGGACAUUGGCCUUGGGUUAUUAUACUUCGCAAUUCAAUGCCAGAACACGCACCUCAGGAUGGCCCGAUACGCGUCCAGUCACGGCUCCCAACUACAGAAAACAAUCCAAUUACUCCUUCGCCGCGGAGCAACCAAUUCCGUGGACAGCGAUGGGAUGACAGUGCUUCAACUAGCCGUUCGCAGUGACAUGCCGGAAAUUCUAGAACAUGUUACUACCGUCGAUAUUUUUAUGCGGAACAUAGGCGCGCAAGUCAACGGCAAAACCGUGUUUGACUUGGCUAUCGCUACCGGUAGACCCGCCGUCUUUAACGCUAUCGUGCGAGCUAGUGGAAGUGUAUAUCAAGAUUCCGUGGCUAAGCAUACCCUUGUCAGCACAGUCAAACUUGCCCCCGGGAAUAACUAUUUCUUGAAGAGGACACUGGAGCUGGGAUUGCACUCCAUUACUCCAGAUGAUAGGAAUACGGCACUAAAGGUGGCUUUCCAAACGUGUCAAUGGGAAUUUGCAGAUCUCCUUAUGGAGCAUGGUGCGGAUAUUAACGGGCUUAGCCACAGUCAAGAGACAUCUUAUAUCGUGUUUACUGUGUUUGGAUCCGUGCUCUACAACGCAUCCGAGGCCAGUCUAGCUGCAAAGCUCGACUCCAUUUUGUCUCUAGCAACAAAGCACCACCAACAACCAGAAUACCUCGUAAUACCUGGAAUGCGUUCAUCCGCCCUCCAUCUUCUUGCCGGCAAAAUCUCGACCCUAGACCACGAUGAGGCUGCCCGGACAUACUCCAUCCUUCUGAAUAUAUUCCCAGGAAAGCAUCAUCUGGAGGCAAGGGACAGUCGAGGGUGGACACCGCUCCACAUGGCCGUUUCUGUACGCAAUCUCGUCGCCGUGCGCGCACUCCUUGAUGCGGGCGCAGACAUCAACAGCUUGGCGCUCUUCGAGGGGUAUCCGGUCGGGCCAUCACCGAAGGACAUGCUAUUCGGCCAGCUCUUUGCGGGAGGUUCCUUCAAUGACUUCUCACCCGCCUCGCGCAACAGGGGAGAUCGGGCACUAGAGCAGCUGAUCAAAUUGUUUUCGCAGGGGCGUUUCUCGCAAAUUGCGAAGCGUAGCGUGACCCUCCGAGCUGAGCAGCGAUGGAUAGUUCCCCCACAGCACAGGGAAGUAAUGGACUACGUCGAGACUUAUUCGUUGCAGCCUCGUCGGUCUCCACCGUCGGUGCCGACGUCUGUCACGGCUCAGUUCAUUGGUGCUGUGGCCUCCGGGGAGGAAGGUGAAUUCAUGCAAGGGUUUGACGUGUCCGGUGUCGAUAAGAUCCAGAAACGUAUCCAGUGGAACGGCGUGGAGAGUGUUCGCUUUUUACGCAACCAGGGGGUUCCAUUGCUGCGUGAUAUGGGGAUUUUGGAUGCUUAUCUAUGUGAUGAGCCGGGGAGAACCGGGUGA